UUUUGCUGCAGCCUGCGAGAGAGUUAUGGUUGUUGCUGCUUCCAGUUUGCUUGCUUCCUUGCUGGGUGGUAUCCUUUAGCAGCUACAACAUCUCCAGCUUCCACCAUCACGUUCUAGUCUGCACAGUGAGAGUGAACAGUGAGUGAGAGACUGAGAGGGAGACUGAGAGACUGAGAGAGAGAGAGAGAGAGAGAGAGAGAAAGUGAGCACGUCGCGACGUUCGCCAGUUGAUGAAUGCUUUUGUCGCGCAUUUGCUUGGCAAUAAUGUAUCUUGUUGAUGCGUCAAAGAGGUGGUGGAGAUGGUGAUAGUGGUCAGAAGCACCCGUGACUCCAUGGUUCGCUUCUGAACGUGGGUACUCCUUGCGAGGUACGCCGCAAGUGCACAUGUUCAACGUACCACGACUGUAGGGGAAGGGGGAAGUGGGGAGGAAAGAUAGUUUGUUGGAGCGGGUAGAGUCUUGCUCACCCAUUGUUGCUUCUUCUUUGCUUUCCUUGACUGCUGUUGCUCCCCAUCCCUGCCUGUCACUGUGUUGGGUUGGUGCCGAAGUCGACCCCUUGGGUUCAGCUCCAUUCGCAAUUGACCAGGACAUCUCGGCAUACAGGCGGUUCUUUGCAAGGUAGAGUGGAACGGGGUUGAAUCUUUGGGCACUAUGUCUAGCUUUUCUAGGGGAGAUUCGGUCAGCUGUUUCAACAUUGCAGCUUUCUAAAGGAUGUUGAUUACGCUCGGUAAACAGCUUCAGACGGUUGCACUAUGUUUAUUUCCUCUCCUAUCGGCUUAAUUUUUUAGAGUUCUUAAUCUUGCGGAGGAAGUACCGUUUCCUAUGGUUACCUCCAGGGUAGUUGUCGACGAAGGGCGGUGCAAGGACCAGGCCGACCUGGCCAUGUCGAGUUCCAGAACUUUGGUGUAUGAUGUAGAGACAAGAAGUCUUCGCCAUCCCAAGUUUACCCUCAAAGCUUGCCCUAAAUCUUCCAUGCUCAAUUCCAGUUCCAGCAGUUUCAAAGUGGUGAAAGACCAGUUGGGGGACGUCUGCCACUUGGGCCAGCGUCAUAGCGGAGUUGGUUCAGGUGAGUGCAGUCCCACAUGUGUGAUACAAAACUCGGUCAUGCGGAGUAACUCCAGCAGCCCAACGAUGUCCACAAUUUCAAAGGCAUCCAAUGAACCAUGCAUAUCCUUCGACCGAGAAGGAAGCUUCAGAGGGACUGGGUGUGCGGGGACGUCAUGUUCAGAGCAUGACGAGAGAAGCUUCUUUAGUGCAUCCCCUGGAUCAGAGUCCUGGAAGAUUGGAGAUCUCCGUGAACCCAAUAUGCUAGGCAGCAGCACUCCCAGAAGGUCAGGACUGAAAGGACCAUAUCCACGAUCUAUGGAAAAUGAUUCCAUUGGAGGCCGAGAGAAUGGAGGGGCAAUAUCUCACUACACUUCCAGGGGAGAGACAAAGGAAUCUCAGACCCCGCCUUUCAAAUCCAUUCAAUCCGCAGUUGCAGAAAAGACGGUGACAGAAUUCAAGAAAAAGAAGAAACUAAGUUCAAUUCCUGCCUCACAAUCUGCCAAUAUCAUGAGCAGGUCCCCAGGGAUUUUCAGCUUCAAUGCAGCGUAUAUCUCCGAAAUGGAGGAUUUUGACCAAACACAGAACGAUAGCCUGAAAGAAGCCAACCAUGUCCACAGAUGUUACGUCCAGAGGUCAAAUACAGCGACUCUAUUGAGACCCAUUCCCUCAAAGUGGGACGACGCAGAGAAGUGGUUGCCAGGAAGUGAUCAAAUCAGUAAUGCGAGGACGAAAGCACGAAGUGGACCAAUGUUGGCCCGGAUGCUUGCAAGCCAGGGUAUUAUGUCAAAGACUUGGAAAGAAUCUCCAUGCGGCCCACAACAUGACAGAUGUUUCGUACUUGGGCAGCGUUUUGUAGUCAGGGAUGGGGCAUCUAUCAAGCAUUUAACAGCAGGUACAGGCGGAGACAUUCUUCGUUUCCCAGCGAAUGAAAAGGAAAAAUUUAAGAUGAUGGUGAAGCAAUACUCGCGUCCAGGUUUGCAACCACCAGAUGGAAUAUCCUCAUCAGAGCUCAAUGGUAGCAAUUUGAAUGUUGGAACGCAGGUAGAAAUUCCACUGUUGGAAACUUCACCUUCAACGAGGGCCGUCGGUACUUCAAUGACACCAGUAGCAUCAGUGGAGCCUUCACGACCAGGAACACCAGCCAGGACAACAAUUGCUCCAGAGAAGAUGUCUGUUAACGUGCAAGGGAGCUCUUCAGAGUAUAGUGAGAACGAUGCCGAGACCACGAGCAAAUAUGGAAUUUCGGAACCCCCAAGGAUGUUGACCGACAAGGAAUUCCAGGAAAGGACCAGGCUAGAGAUUGUGGCGCUAGGGACUCUGCUCGGCAAGACUAAGAUUGCUGCAUGGGCUGCGAGCGAAGAAAACUUUUCCCCGAUAAGCAGCACCAAAGCUCCGUCCGAAUCGACAGAUGGUCCAGGAGAUGGGUUUGCCACAAGAGCUGCUACGUGGGAGAAAGCAGAAGAUAUGAAGUUCAACUCCAGUUCCCAGCAAGAGGAGGGUGAGGUCCAGGAAUGGGAAGAACAUAAGAGGGCGAAGGCAGAAGCUAAAUUGCGCAGAGUGGAGAUCAAGACUGAGCGUAUGCGGUUUUAUGCUCAUGAGAAACUGAGCAACAAAUUGGCAGACGCGCGGCACCACGCAGAGACAUUAAGAUUAGCAGCUAGGACGCGCCGGGCUGAAGCUGCAUCCAAAGCAGCCAACAAGGCUGAAGUCAACAAAACCAGUAGCAAAUUUUUAAACCUUAUGUUCCUAACUUCUUUUUGCAAAUAGCAGAAAAAUAAAACAAAAUGAAAAAAAAUAAAAAAAAGUGAAGUAAACAAAAGUAACAUGAUUUUGCGUUCCCAGCUAAAGAUGGGUUGAAGGUUUUGUUCCCGUGGUGGAGAUGAACUUGACGGCAAAUCAAUGCAGUUGUUCACUUUGGCCAGUUCUUAGCAGAUAUAACACUAAUUAACUGAUUCAAGUAAACUUCUCUCAUGGAAUUGUAUCAUGUCUUACUUAUAAUCGACCAAAUCAGGUGGAAUAUAAAGCUUUAUAUUUCGAUA